AGUGCACACCUUAGAUCACAUCAGCGGACUCAUACAGGAGAGAAACCACUUAAAUGUAUCGAGUGUGGAAAGAGCUUCAGUCAGAGUGCACACCUUAGAACACAUCAACGGACUCACACAGGGGAGAAACCACUUAAAUGUAUCGAGUGUGGAAAGAGCUUCAAUCAGAGUGGAAACCUUAGAAGACAUGAACGGACUCACACAGGGGAGAAACCAUUUAAAUGUAUCGAGUGUGGAAAGAGCUUCAGUCAGAGUGGAGACCUUAGAACACAUCAACGGACUCACACAGGGGAGAAACCAUUUGAAUGCAUGGAGUGUGGAAAGAGCUUCAGUCAGAGUGCACACCUUAGAACACAUCAACGGACUCACACAGGGGAGAAACCACUUAAAUGUAUCGAGUGUGGAAAGAGCUUCAAUCAGAGUGGAAACCUUAGAAAUCAUGAACGGACUCACACAGGGGAGAAACCAUUUCAUUGUAUGGAGUGUGAAAAGAGCUUUAGUAAUAGUGGAGAGCUUAGAUCACAUCAACGGAGUCACACAGGGGAGAAACCAUUUCAAUGUAUCGAGUGUGGAAAGUGCUUCAGUCGGAGUGCAAGCCUUAGAAGACAUCAACAGACUCACACAGGGGAGAAACCACAUAAAUGUAUCGAGUGUGGAAAGAGUUUCCGUUGUAAUACAAGCCUUAGAUCACAUCAACGGACUCAUACAGGAGAGAAACCAUUUAAAUGUAUCGAGUGUGGAAAGAGCUUCAAUCAGAGUGGAAACCUUAGAAAUCAUGAACGGACUCACACAGGGGAGAAACCAUUUCAUUGUAUGGAGUGUGAAAAGAGCUUUAGUAAUAGUGGAGAGCUUAGAUCACAUCAACGGAGUCACACAGGGGAGAAACCAUUUCAAUGUAUCGAGUGUGGAAAGUGCUUCAGUUCUAGUGGAAGCCUUAGAAGACAUCAACAGACUCACACAGGGGAGAAACCACAUAAAUGUAUCGAGUGUGGAAAGAGUUUCCGUUGUAAUACAAGCCUUAGAUCACAUCAACGGACUCAUACAGGAGAGAAACCAUUUAAAUGUAUGGAGUGUGGAAAGCGCUUCAGUCAGAGUGGAAGCCUUAGAAGACAUCAACAGACUCACACAGGGGAGAAACCAUUUCAUUGUAUGGAGUGUGAAAAGAGCUUUAGUAAUAGUGGAGAGCUUAGAUCACAUCAACGGAGUCACACAGGGGAGAAACCAUUUCAAUGUAUCGAGUGUGGAAAGUGCUUCAGUUCUAGUGGAAGCCUUAGAAGACAUCAACAGACUCACACAGGGGAGAAACCAUUUAAAUGUAUCGAGUGUGGAAAGAGUUUCCGUUGUAAUACAAGCCUUAGAUCACAUCAACGGACUCAUACAGGAGAGAAACCAUUUAAAUGUAUGGAGUGUGGAAAGCGCUUCAGUCAGAGUGGAAGCCUUAGAAGACAUCAACAGACUCACACAGGGGAGAAACCAUUUCAUUGUAUGGAGUGUGAAAAGAGCUUUAGUAAUAGUGGAGAGCUUAGAUCACAUCAACGGAGUCACACAGGGGAGAAACCAUUUCAAUGUAUCGAGUGUGGAAAGUGCUUCAGUUCUAGUGGAAGCCUUAGAAGACAUCAACAGACUCACACAGGGGAGAAACCACAUAAAUGUAUCGAGUGUGGAAAGAGUUUCCGUUGUAAUACAAGCCUUAGAUCACAUCAACGGACUCACACAGGGGAGAAACCAUUUAAAUGUAUCGAGUGUGGAAAACGCUUCAGUUAUAGUGGAAGCCUUAGAAGACAUCAACAGACUCACAGAGGGGAGAAACCAUUUCAAUGUAUGGAGUACA